AUGUGGGUUCUGUCGCCUCUCCUGCAGGGCAGCAGUGAUGUCGGAGCGCCUAUAUAAGAGCCUCUAAGAUGCCACUGAUCGGUCAUUCAUGCACACGCUGCCAGCGCGCUACAGGACAUCGCCUCUGCGCGCACCGUGCCGGGUAUGCGGCGUUGAACCUCCGCUUCCUAACGCUUGAAGCCGAGCUUUUCAAAGGCUUUACGCCACAUUUCUCUCGGAUUUCUGCCGCUGUGCUCCAACCAUGCGCGUCAGCAAACGAGAGGGCAAGAAGAGUCCCGGCGCGCGCAGGAUGCUCCAAAGAAGCGCAAAGAAGUGAGCGCGACUUUCCAGGAGACACUUAACAUAAAGUUUUGAAGAAAUCACAAACCAGAUUUUUUCUCAACGAACAGGCAGCGCGCGCUCUGGGCAUGGACUAUGGAUACUUUAAGCCUCUCAGUGAACGCCGUUUCCUACACCGUGGCGACUGAUCUGUCCCCUACAGAUGACCCGUUUUCUGGACCGAUCAGGAACAUCGCGCCGUGGAACUUCACGGUCCUGGCCGUGCUGAUGUUCGUGGUCACCUCGCUGUCUCUGAGCGAAAACUUCCUCGUCAUGUUCGUCACUUUUAAAUUCAAACAGCUCAGACAGCCGCUGAACUACAUCAUAGUAAACCUGGCCAUCGCGGACUUUCUGGUCUCACUCACAGGCGGAGUAAUAAGUUUCCUCACGAACGCCAGGGGUUACUUCUUCCUGGGGAGGUGGGCUUGUGUACUGGAAGGGUUUGCUGUGACUUUUUUUGGUAAGUACGCGUCUCUUCCACUCGUGUUUUGGUGUAACAAGUGCAGGGCUGGUCGACAGAACUUCCUCGUUAACUGUAGGUGUCAGUGUUGGAGCUAUUUAUGCUCCACAUGUGGCAGAGAUGCGAGUAAAAUUGCUCCACAUGGCGCGUCUCCAGCUCUCACUACAACAUCUGUUCAUGAAUUAGAGCAUCUGGGAGGAAAGGGGAGAAACAUGACCGAUCGUGUUCACUGAAGCUUCUACUUUUUUCUGUUUCCUCACUUUUUUAAAGAGUGAUAGCCCACUAUUUUUGUACUCAUCAGUUCAUUUUAAAGGGCAUGAAUUAGGUUUUUCAAGGUGCGGAGGACAGCAAUAUUUCAAAAUAUUUGCCUUUUGUGGCGUUUCAAAAGGUCUUUUCUCAGCUUUAAAGGUUAUUUGUGCAAAUCAAUUCAGUUUUGCAUCAACAUCAAACUCUUACACAAUGAUCAUGACUGUGUGCAGAAUACUUCCCAGCCUUCAUUUGUAAGUUUGAUGCAGUAAAUUAGUGAAUAUCAAGACAGAAAAUGUUGAAAUAUAAUGCAAAACAGCAAAAACAAUAUUCCCAGGCAUAAACACAAUUAAGUACAAUGAGCAAUCUGCUAAAUUAAAAGUGAUAAUGUGUUGCCAAAAACUAUGGUGUAGUUCAGAUAGUGAUCCAAAGGUGUCUGUUUUCAUAUUGCCUUAGAAGUGUGGGUUCCUGUCAACAACACCUGCAUCAUUUCCCCUCUUCUGUUGCUAAAUGAAUAUUUCAAGUUGACUGUAGGGUCACUAAAAAAGUCUAACAGAAUGCACAGCCACGCUCAGGAGCCCCUUCACACUGCAGCGCAUAAUUCACCAAGAGGUAGGCUGCCAGUACUGUGAGCACCAAUAACAUGACACUAAGUCACUGGAGUGGUUUGGUUGGGCCAGUGGUGUCUUUCAAGCAGCCUGCAGGAAUGGUGAUCAAGGGGAGGGAAAUUACUUGACAAAUACAGGCAAAGACUGCUUAAUGAAUGAAGUAACAAGGUUUGUGAGGUCAUAGUUGUAAACUUAGAUAGAAACCGAGUUAACACAGUCACAGGACAUCUCUAUCACACCACAUGAACCUGCUGGAAAAUUGAAUACAGAACAAGAACUGAGGAGAAAUCGAUCUGCACCAUGUGACUUAAAUCUAAAAUAAUGUUUGCAUUUGUUAGUUUGACUCGUGGGACUGUAAAAGGUAAUUUUGGUAUUGUCUGUGAGCCAUAAUAUCCCAUAUCUUUUUGCCUUGUCUUUUUGUCAGCUAAAGCUAUACGUGUGAACCCAUUGGUUUAUUGACAACUUUUUUUAAACAAAUACCUGUAGACAGGUAGGCAGUCAAACAUUACUAUCAAAUGCAUUAUUACUCAACAUACUGAAGGUUUCAGCUUUGCUUUUCAUGGUUUCAGCUAGAUUUCACUCAAACACAAAAUAAAUUAAUAAUUUGCCUUUGUGGGAACAGUGGUUGGUCUAACGCAGCCAAUGACUGAAGAAAAACAGGUGAAGUAAAUAUUUUUUCUGGUUUGUCAAACUGAAAUUAUUAUAUUCCUUUAAGAUAUUAUGCAAUGUUCACUUUUGUUGUAAUGCAUUUCUUCGGUUUUUAAAAUAAACUCAAAAGGUCAGAUAUCCACUAAAGUUCUCCAAAGUACUUUUGCAGGUGUAGUGGUUGUAACUUGUCAAUAACAAGAUAUUUUAGCCUGUAUUUCCUCUCUGUACGGUCUGUUUGACUCCACUUGAGGUUCAUGGACCAUAAUUUACAGAAAAAGCUUCAUUCUGUAUUUACAAGACUUGAAACUAGAGACUGAGAACUCUUUAAAACCCCUGUGAGGAACUAUGGGUUUGUAUUAAUUUUGACAAAAGGAGUCUUUGCUUGUCAUGUUUAAGUACUCUCACAAAACAAAUAAAACAAAAAACAAAAAAAACCUCAUUCUUCUUAGUCCCGUCAGUCAAAUGUUUCAUUUAUUGUGAAUAUUUGAUGUAGAAACAGUAAAGACAAGACUGUUUCUUCAGUUGCUUUCCAGACACCUACCACCUCACACUGGUUUAAGGCAUUGAUAUUACUGCUUAUAAAUGAUCGGUCUCUUCACUGAUGUCUUUGUUUUUUCUAGUUUAUCUUCAAAAGGCAUGUGAAUUUCAGUCUCUUCAAAAGAUGUUAAAAAAAACUCCCCGCUGGAGUUUUAAGAAAGUGUCUCCCAGGGUAUAAAUCAACUGAGACGUAGGUUUGCACUAGCUUCACUUUUGCAACAAAACUUAAAAUCCAACCAAAAAUGUCAGGAGAUUUUAGUUCCAGGAACUAAAAGCUCCUUUGGCCCAUCUGCGUUUCCACUGUGACCCAUGAAAAUUCUGCCAAUCAGGUCAACAAUGACUCAUAAAAAAACUUGUCCUGGCAGUUAUUUGAUAAAUGAAGUCACUUGCUUGUCUUUUUUAGUACAAAUAAGAUCGUCCCUAGGUACCGCCCCCGGAAGUUCCUGGACUUUUGGAAAGCACUACCCAACACUGUCUCGCUUUUGCUGAUAUCCUUAACAGUGCAUGAUUAAAGAUAUCAGCAAAAGCGAGAUGGUGUGUAGGAAUUUCUUCUCAAUGAUUCAGGUUCACCCUUCUCUGAUUUACCUGCAACACAAUCAGGUGUACAGUAAUCCUUUUCAGCACAAGUACUACCCUCCAACAGGGACUUUUCAAGAGGAAUAUCUAUUACACAGGAACUAAAUUGAGAUCCUGGUUCCUGCUGCCAAAAUCCAGAGUUCCUUAAAAUGUUCCUAUUUCCUGAGGAAAGUUUGUGCUGUAGAAAAGCACCUUAAGAUCUAAAUCUGCAAAGAAAAGCAGGCUAUUAAAAAAGCACUGACACAGCUAUAGUGAAUUUAAAUUACAACACAACAUAAAUUCAGAGAUUACAUAUUGUUGAAUGUUUUCAGUGUGUGUAUGUAUGCUGCAUAUGGGAUCCUUGGAGAUGCAUUUUAUUACCAUACAUGUACAUGGAUGAGAAUGAACAUAACCAUGUGGGGAGUUUGGGGGAGGGUGGGGCUGGGGUGCAGUGGUGCUUAAAUAAACUGUUCUGUGAAAAGCCACCCGAGCAUGUAAUCAAUAACAAGCUGAGAAAUCGUGUCCAUCUUCACUGGGCCACUCCAGUUUUAGCUGUGACAGCAUUUUUGGUGACUGACAGGCGUGCUUUGUGUGUGUGUGCGGGCGUUUGUGUGUGUGUGAGUAAAUUAGAAAAUGAUUUAGCUGAGCUGGUUGUCUCAGUAAGUGGAUGGAUGCUUCACUUCAUAUUCUGCUCCGGGGGAGAAUAUUUUCAGUUUCUGUCUAUUUUUAGUCCCACCUGUGCUGCACAGAUAAAUACUUAAGAAUGUACUGAAUUGUAUGGACAAGUUUUGGAGAAAAACACUCUUUGAUGGUCAGCUACCAAAAACAGCAUUGAAGUUUGGUUGGUAAUUGUUUAAGUGAACAAACACCCUGGUUUCUCCCUUCUCUUUUGUCCUCUCCUGUGAGCUGGCUGUAGUGCUGACUGUGGAGAGAGAGAGAUAGGUAAUUAACCACUCUGUGAGAGUGACUUAUUACCAUAAUUAAAGCUGGCUUUUUUUAGCGCAUUUGGAGGCUGUCUAAUGCUCCUACCUGCAGAUCUUUGAACUAUUUUAAGCACCAGUGUCACCACUUUUACCUCUGGAAAGCACAGAGCUAGGAUACUUUAUCAAGAAAAAGGAACAUGAUCACGCUAGGGGGAGAUGUAGUUACCAAACAAGCUGGAUAUAGAGAAACAUGAAGAUCUCCACCUGAACUUCACAUAAUUUAUGUAUGGUUUCUUUAAAAAGACAAAUCUUGGUUGUUUUAGGCUUUAUAAAUAGAAUGAUUUGCUGCUUUUGUUAUCAAUUAAAUUUACUUUUUAAUUUUCUGAAAAUAAAGGAUAUUCUAGAAAAAAGGGAGUGCAAAGAUAAAAAUCAAUCAUAUUAAAAGCUGCUCCUCAUACUUUGCAGCAAUAAAACAAUAAUUAUCAUAAAGCUACACAAAGUAAAAUCAUAGAAAAUAAAAAUCAAAGUAAGGUGAAGAAGACUAUAACUGAACACUGCUAUCAUAUCUAACAGAUUUCACAUCCUCUAUAUAAGAUAUGGAGAAAUGGUAGAAAAUAUAGUAUCAAGCCUUGUUAGUGUCAAAGAACAAAAAUAAAUAGAUAAAUAAAGAAAACACACCGUUGAGACAUUCACAAAUAAUAACAACAAAUCCCAGGACACACUUUCUUUAGUUUUUGACCUCUCAUGUCUUCUCCAGGGAUCGUCGCCUUGUGGUCACUCGCCGUCCUGUCCUUUGAGCGGUUCUUUGUGAUUUGCCGACCCCUUGGAAACAUCCGUCUGCAAGCCAAGCAUGCCAUCUUAGGUCUGCUGUUUGUCUGGACCUUCUCCUUCAUUUGGACCUUCCCUCCUGUCCUGGGCUGGAACAGAUACACAGUGAGCCAGAUCGGGACCACCUGUGAACCUGACUGGUGAGAGAAACUAUUAUUUUGUUGUUAAGCUAUUAGUCUUUAAACAAUCAGACAGCAGAAAUACAAGUUAAAAUUUACCUGUACAGUUACAAUACAGUGAAGGAUGUCACAUUGAACAACAGCUGCGUGACAUUUUAUGUUUCAUUCAUAAUACAAACAGGAAUAGUGUCAACUUUUAUAGACUUAAUUUUAAAAAAAAGCAGUGUAAAUGUCUAAGUUCACUAAGAGUUAAAUCUUUGCAUAACACAAUAUAGAUUACAUACUAAUAUAGACUAAUAGCAAGUUUAAGUGCAAGAUACGUAUUCAAAUCUCUGUCUCAGGAGGCAGGUCAUCAGGUCAUGUAAGUUGUAUCUGUAUAACUUAUCUUAAGAUUGCUUCAGAAAAGGUCAUUUGAACUUCAAACAACUACCACUUUCAAAUGUCUUGCAUUUUGCUUUUAUGAGACUUUUACUGACUUUACUUUUAUUGACUUUUUGAGACGUAAGACUAAAAACAAUUAAAUUGCCCUUUGGGGAUAAAGUAAAGUUAUUCUUAUUCUUAUUUUAAUGAUGGUCCCAGCAAAGUGAGGGUACUACAAUAGAAAUCUGCAUCAUAAUUUAUUUCCUGGCGUUCUUUUGACCCAAAAUAUGACCUUAUUGCCCAUUAGUCAGUAGCAGUUUUGACUCCACUUCUGACCCUGACCUUUAAACCCGAGUUUAGCUUUCUGCGGUGAUUCAACAGGAAAUGUAGUCCAGGAAUACAUGUGUGCUAAUUACUGCUCUUACUACACACUUUGAACACAAACAGUUAAAGGACAAAGGUUAUGUUCCUCUCUAAGCCCUGUGGCUCAGCUCUGCAUAGCAGCUUCAGUUCUAUAGGCUCAUACUAUGUAAAUAAGUCUUAUGAAGAUCAUCAGGAAGCACAGCAGCUCUGACCUUGGCCCUCAGGGUGCCACCUGGGUAAUGCUAUUUGGCUGCUUUGAUCAAAGGCGGGCAGAUAGGGGGCUGAGUGUUUGCCCCGAGCAGUGUGUGGGAACCUUCGCUCACAUAAAGCACAAGGGGAAUGAAUGAUUCAGACAAUACAAUUAGGACAUCACUGACUGGAAAUACCAGGUGAAUAGAUGACCUGAUCUUCUUCCACCUGCACGCAGCGUGAGAUCUGUCAAAAAACAUUUGGUGAACGAUGGGAGGUCCAGCAGGUGCAGAAUGCUGCCGCAUGUACAGCUGGAUGCGUCUUAAAAGCCUCAUUUAUGUGCAUCGUUUUGCAUAUGCAUCAUCAAAGCUGAACUCCUUUAAUGCAAAAAGAGCAAACAUGAAAAGGUCAGGCAGGAUUGUGCUGGAGAGGCCGGUGUCUGAAGGUGUUUGUGUCCUUGGUGGGGGUUUGGAUAUUAUCUUCUUCCAAUAAAUGGUUUCUUUUCAGAAUUCACUAUAAUGACGGGCGGUUGUUAUUGAGAAACACAGAUGGAGUCUCCUGCUUUAAAUGCAUGCCUGAAAAAUCUGCAUUCAAACAGCAGUUCAAGCACCUGCCUAUGGACUAUUGAUGUGUGAGUGUUAGAUUGGGCUCCUGAUUAUACUUUUAUUCCAAAAGGUGAAUAGUGAAUAUCCUUUUUUGAAAAAUAAUCCAUGUCGACUUUAGAGUCAAGUAAAACAUUUAAAAAAAAUCAUUUUAAAAAGUCCAGCUGUGAUGUGGAAAGAAUCUGGUGAUAUGACACAUAUAAUACAAGGUUUCUUUGAUUCAUCAUAUUGCGGUAAAUCAAAGCAGGUGAUAUUGUGCAUUUUUAAGGGGAUUUCAUGGAAAACCAACUCUUUCCAUAUUGUUGCACUGUGUACCUGGGCCUUGCAAAAUGUGAAAACCAAGUUAGUCCUUUGUUCGGGUUUUGCAAAUGACUGAAAACACACAAGUUAAUGGUUCAUUCAGACCAUAGACUGUAUAUAUUAUGGACAACUUACAAAUACUCUCGGUAUUUCCGUGUUUUUUCUCCACGUCCUGAACUAAACAAACAUUGUGCAGUAGCGUUGUACGCAUUUGGCGGGAGAGUCACAGAGAGUCGCUGUGAUGAUGCUCGGCUCAAACAGCGUAUCCCCCAGGUGAGCUACGCAAUCUCCGUACGCCCAGAGGCUGUAUCAAGUGUCAAUCAUAGAAAACAUGAACCCCCUAAUAACUUUGGAAAACUGAGCUGUACAGAAAAAAGAAGACUUGAGCACAAACCAGUCUUACAGUAACUACAUGUCAACAUCACAAGCAGGGGGGAGAAAAAUUUGUAUAAAUUUCUAAAGUUUGUCCACAACUCCAUAGGGAUGGCUGUAGGAGGCGGGAUUUAUGACCUAUACUGCAGCCCGUCACCAGAGGGUGCUGUUCUCGCGGUGGCUUCACCCAGCGAGGAGGCAGUUGCUAUCCAUUCUAUCUAAAAUCUAUGAUUUAGACACCGGGUCUUUUUAGGAAAUGAUCUUAUUAGACAGCAUGUGUUAACACAAACACCAGCUGAGCAGAGCGAGGGGAACAGAGAUAGAUGCAAAGGGAGAGGGAAAUCGAGCAAGAGGAAAUGUUGCUAUAUAAUAUUGUACAUAACUCACCUGGAGUCAAUGUGAUUGAAGACAACUUUUUUUUUUGAUGAAAACUCAUUGUAGGGUAGAGCUACACAAGUGACCUUUUUUUACUGAACAAAGUGAAGCAUUGUGCGAAAACAAGGGGGAGUCUCUCUACAAAAAUAAAUCAGGCUUUUUUAUGUAAAUAUAACUGAUACAAAGCAAAUACAGACUUUGACAGGAAGAUAUGUCAAACAUGCAUGCUUGAAAGAAAGCCAAGUUGUUUUAGAGCCAUCAGGCAGCCAACAUGCUUUCUGUGUGAAGCACCAAAGGGUACAGUUGAUUGUGGACACUAGAGCAAAAUCAAGCCAGAUUGGUACCAACUGUUAGCAGACUUUACUGAACCAGGCCAGGCCAUUGGGUACAAACAAUAUAAAGCUGUUUCACGCUUGGUUUAAAAGUGGAAGAGCCCACCCUAAUGGUUUUCAGUGGGACAACAUGGUCCCACUAUUGCGCCAUUUUAACAUUUAUGUUGAAGAUGCGAUGGAGGCUUAAAAGUCCUGCAGGGAAUUUGCAAUGUAAAGGGGGCUAGUGGUUAUCUUUAUUGUCCCCCAACAAGCUAACAUCAAAAGGCAAUCCAUCUGUUGUUUAGAAAAUCAUGAAGCUCUCUCAGCUCUGUGCUGUUACAGCACACAGCACACAGAUCUUUGGCUCAUUGGAAGCACGUAAACAUGCCUGCUCUCCUGGGCUGUGAGGCUACUGAAACCUGUUCAUAUGUGCUCGAUAAUGAAAAGCAGGGGGCUCCAUAUGGGCACACUUUGCUCUGGCAUGCAGAAUGAACCAGCCAUGACACCAGUGGUAAGCAUAUUAAAAAUUCAAGGCUACACUCGUGAAAACACAUAUAAGAAACAGCCUUUUCCAGUGGUUGCCUCUACAGUCACAUACCCCUCAGUUUUCUCCAGUGUUUUUCAGUGUAUGACAGCACAACUAUGAAGUAUGUGUAAAGCUUAUGAUUUUGUUUGAUUAUGUUGAUCACAGACAAGGAGCUAAGGAGCAUGUUGUGAUCCAUACCAAUCACAGCCUUGUGGCUGUUUUGUAGUUAACAAAAUAUCCAUAUCAUCUGAUAUAAAGUCAAGGGUCUGUCUGGGAACAUCUGUUCUGUUCAACGACCUAUUCUGAGCACAGGCAUUGUCAAAAUUAGAUGUGACACUUUGGCUAGUGUAGCGGAGAAACGCCUGUGAGGUGAGCAGAGAUGUACCGUGGUGCUAACCUUGGAAACAAAAGCAAAGUCCACACACACAAGGUACAAACACAUAUAACCUAACAAAGGAUCUAAGCAUGCGAGUGUCUGCCCCACUUGAAUCUGCAGCCUCUUGAUUCUGCCGCUCCUCCCCAGUUGGUCUUGCAGUCUCGACCCAUUACCCAAUCCCGUAGUCCUGUAAGAGCAACAUCCUCUUACAAAAACUCCCUUGCAGCCACAUACACAGGCACUACCAAACAAGGUAGAAGGGGACACACACACACACAUACACACCCAGAGUGGAGGCACGGCUGCAGCUGUAACAAGAGUUAACAUGGAUCAGCUGUGAAGUGCAAGGCCCUAACAGACCAUCACACACAGGUCUGCUGUGGUGUUGACGGGUCUUGCACUUGAGGUCAAUACAUUGUAAGUUAAAAAAAAAGGAUUUAUAAACAGCAGUGUUAUAAUUGAUUUACAAACCUUGACUUUGAGUCAAGUUUUCAGAUCCAAGUCUUAAUCUCAAAACCCACAGAAUACAUGAAGGUUGAAUACGUGAAGGUUAAGUGCUACACAGCAAAUAUGUUCCCAUUCUAAUCAAUGCAGCAUCGCACACAUGAUGCGUUGCAGCACGUCUCAACUCUGUCCCAGAAGUAUCUCUACAAGCUGCUCCACUAAGGAUAUGCACCAUAUAUAUUUCUGAUGGCGCACGUGCCCAGUACAUGUCAACAUCAACGGAGAAGAUCGUCUUAGACAAGAUGUCGUGCAUGGUAGAGGCGCAUGUCAUCCGGUCAAUUCCAGCCUUUUUUCCUGUAUUGCAGGUGAUUUAGUGAGAAGGUCAUUCUCUCCAUAUUCUGUAUAGUAUUCACAAUAUCUAUCCAGUCAGUCACUGCUGGGGGAACUGCCUGCAGCCACCUUCGUGUAAACCGCUUUCUUGCUGGCCGCCAUUAGAAUCUUGAACAGAUACCUGUCCUGCACAAACAAGCUAGCUACGAUCUUUUUCAAAUAGAUUGCUGGAGAGGAGCAGUCAAUUUAAACACCAAAAACCUUCUGUAUCGCCUGUUUCACCCCCUGCCAUUAUGACUGAAUGACUGGACACCCCCAAAAUAUAUGAAAAUGGCCUGCCAGCCCCUCCCAUCUCCCCCAUCUGCACACUUUUUAGCUUAGGUGUAACAAGAACCCAUGUGAAGAAAAUGAGUUAUGGGAUAUCAUAUAAAGAAUAUGUUCCUAUUUUCUCACAUCUGCCACAAGAGUGCUUGUGACACAAGCAUUAGUUUUAGCUCACUUUGGACCAGGAUUAAUGCAGCGUGUAGAUCUCUAAUGUAUAGAUCUAUCACACUGUGAUAUAAGUUACCAAGAAUGAUAACUGAAGUAUACCAGCUAAGACAGCUGACAAAACAUUUUAACAGCCUUUGACAUGUUUGUUGUAUUAAGUUGUAGUACUAUAUGUUCAUGUAGUUUUUUUGUAUUUUUUUAUGCUGGUUGUAUGAUAUUUUGUUGUAUUUUUUGUUCUUUUAUUUUGUUGUACUUAAUGUUCAUUUGGUAUGUUAUAUUUGGUGAAUGUGGACCCCAAGAAGAGUAGCUGCUGCAUUAGAAGAAGCUAAUGAGGAGCCAAUAAAGGAAUAUUCUAUCUAACAUAACGUAUUUUAUUGUGUCAUUUUGUUUUGUAUUGUACUGUAGUGUUUUGUCUCAUUUAUUGUUACUCCACUGUGACUCUUAAUCACAAUAAGGUAGCUGCCACUCGCUUGUGUAGUUUCUUUUUAGCAAAAGGCAGUUAAGAUAAACCUGUAUGCGUUAUCGCUUUUUUUUCUACGUGUUCAUUUACAGGGCUCUUAGCAAUACAUCCAUGAUUUACCAUGAUGAAGCUGUUUAAAUACUUACACUUGCUUUGUCUGCUUGGCACUCCUACAUACAUUAAUCUGGAUUCAGCAGUGGAGGAUAUUCUCAUAGAAGUGACAAAAUUAGAGUAAUUUAGUGACCUCCGGGCCUUUAAUUAUGUCAUAGAGGUUGGUCUCUGCUGCGAAAUUUUCCUUUUAACUGAAGCUCAAUUGAUGGAAACACUUUAAUCCUUUUUCUUCAGUGAGAUAAAGGAAUCUGAAUGUCAAUAUGACAUUUCACGACAACUCAUAGCUGGAGAAUUAUGGGAUCGGUUGUCAUUCUGUCCUCGUUCAAAGGAACACCCAAGUGUUACUGAUGAUCUGUCACAUUAAAACAUACUUAAACUGUCUCUAAUGGUCAGGUCUACAUGUCUAGAAAAUAUGAACGUCUUUGUUCUCAACCUCUUAACAGGUACUCAACCAACAUGAAGGAUCACAGCUACAUCAUUACCUUCUUCACCACCUGUUUUAUUCUGCCCCUGGGGUUAAUAUUUUUCUGCUAUGGAAAACUACUACGGAAGCUCAGGAAGGUCAGUAUGAGUUCAGACAUGACACACAAGGAUAUCAUUAAAAUCUAACAAUGGCUAGAUAAAUUGGACUGUGUAACAUAAGAAAUGUUGGGGAAGUAUGUUGAGUCUGAGUGAGUGUGGAGGUUUUUUCUUUUUAGAUAUCCUGUAAUUUGGGUAAAAUUCUGUAUAUUAUAGUAAAAUACAAAUUAUACUGAUGGUAAAAAGAAUUUAAAAAAAAAAUGGAAAUGGGAAAGUUUUACAAAGUUACUACUUUUUUGUCAAUGCCUUAAGACUAAACCUGGCUUGUUGUUCCCAUCUGUUGCCAUUGUCCGUCCAAAGCUUGGCUUUUAUCCGUACAGAUAUGACAGUGUUGUAAAUCUUAUCCUGGAAAUUUUGAGAAUAAAAAGAAUUAGCAAUUUUCUCCAAGUAUGAAAAAAAUGAUGUGCCAACAGAAGGAAUAAGAUCAUUUUAGUUGAUAUUAAAAUUAAACCACUUUGUUGAUAUAAUCACAUUAGGUACCUGGUUUUGGCCAGUGCUUUCCGCCAAUACAAAAGUUCAUCCAGGACUGACUUUCUGAAAGACAAGAGAAAAAAAAAAAGAUCAUACUCAAAUUGGAAGUGAGAUUCCCUCCAAAUUCCAAAUAAUCAAAAAUAAACAUUUCUCACUGAUAAUUUGUUCACUCUUGGAUUAUGGUUUACCCAGACACACUUUUGGGAUUUUUAUUCAACCUGCUUAGAAGUGUUAAACUUGUCUGUAUGUUGAACAAGUAUGAAUAAAAGCAACCAAGUAACGUGAGAGUUGUUAAGAUAAAGGACUUAGUAAAAGGCAGUAACUUUGAAAUCUCUUUGAAAUGUGUUCAUAUUUCCCAGUCCAAACUUUCAAGCCACUUGUGUCCUGGUUCUUUGUCUCCUUCAGGUGUCCCAUGGUCGUCUCGCCACAGCCAGGAAGCCAGAGCGUCAGGUGACCCGUAUGGUGGUGGUGAUGAUCAUAGCAUUCAUGGUUGGCUGGACACCAUACGCAGCCUUUUCAUUACUGGUCACUGCCUAUCCGACCAUCGAACUUGACCCCCGACUGGCAGCCAUCCCAGCUUUCUUCUCCAAAACAGCAGCUGUUUACAACCCUAUCAUCUAUGUCUUCAUGAACAAACAGGUAACUAAGGCUUUUUUUUUAAUGACAGACCUAUUGAGGAUUUCCUCAGUCUGAUCGUAGUGGUUUUGGCGUAGUCAUUUACUUUUUGCAGCUCUCAGUAUCAUCAUGGCUACAGCAGGAUGGAGGGUUAGUGGCUGAAGCAGAAGAUAGCAGCAGCUGAAGAUAUUUUUCUGUUCUUGGUGGAUAUUGGCCUGUUGCUCAAUAAUGCAUGCUGUAUGAAUAAAAGAAAGGUGAAAUUUGGAGAGUACAAUUGUCCGUUCAUGGAUCUGUUAAAAAAUACAUUAGCCAUCUAUUGUAUGAUUGUAAAAGAACCAAUGCUGGCAUUUCAUGCCAUUUACCCAUUCAAUUUUACAUUGUGCUGUCUCACCAUUUGUCAGGGUGAGUGAGUAUAUACUCUCUAUUGAUUAAAUGACAGCAGCCAUUACAAAAGAGGGAUUAUAUGCGUUUCUUUAACACUUGGGUUACCAAUAGUUUGAGCCACAGUGCAAUCUUUUUACAGUUUCCCAUUGAAGUAGACACUUCAUUCAAAGGUGCUUGCAUGCUUUUUGUUGUACACUAGCAUUUACAUCCGAGAGGAUGACUCAUGACUUGCAUUCAGGGCGGGUUGCAUCUUUGAAUGCUAACAGUAAUAGAGUUAGUUUUGUCCUGACUUCACCCAGACUUUCUCUUGCAAACUUCCCUCUACAAUUUCCAGUUGGAGUAAGUCGACUUGUGGCAGAUAUCAGAGGGAUGAUGUUGAUAACUUUGUAGCCAGUCAUAGUACUGUACCACAAUUGGAAUGGGAUAAUCAAUAACAUCCAAGGCUGAAGAAAGUGUGUUGUAUUAUUUAUACUGACUGACUGAAAAUGUUACGUCUGUAACUAUAGCAGAAAAGAUCCCGACAGAAAUACACUUUUUAUUACCUGAACAGGAUGAAGAUUUCAAUUAAAUAAUUGAAAAGACUCCUUUGACAAAAACUAACAGUUACACAUUACAGGGAACAUAACUUUUAUUAACUCCAUCUUCCUUGAUUAGUUUUUGUUGUUUUGUGGUUAAAUAUAUUGUCUUUUUUUUUUUUUUAUUCAGACACAUAAUCUUUGAAAUAAAAUGUUUUUUUUCAUUAAUGGAGUCUGGUGUAUUUGAAGAGAGCUGGGCAAAAGACAUGUAAAACAUACAGAUGAUAAAUAAGGAAGUACAUCAUAUCCCAUGAAAGCUUUUCAUAGAACAGAUUCAUUUCUUUAAUGUUAUCAUACACUUAGCUUGUAAGUAGACCCCCUCUCACCGUCUCAGAAAUAUUAAAGGUAAGACUGUAUAUGGGCUCAUUUUCCCCGCAGGGUUAAAUUACAGCCACUACAGGCCCUCUAGAUAGGCUGCAGGCCGAAAAUAAUCUACAGGAGAAGUUUCAUUUUCUCUCACAUAUUAGUCAUUUAGACCCCACAGUAUGGAUUUAUCCCAGGCUACAAAAUACUUCAUUACCUCUUAGAGCCAUGUUGCAAUAGUUGUGUCUAUUUCUAGACACGGGGCUCUAAACAGAUUCCUUUCAUGUCAAGAUACAGUUUUUUAUUGCACACUAACAUUUGUUUCCCUUACUGCCUGAAAGAUUUAUAGUGUUCCAAAUAAAACCGAAGUAACAGGAUUUAACAAGCUGUUAAUUGGAGAAUGGCGGCUGAGUAAUUGCUUUAUUUAUGUAAGUCAGCAGUGCUAAACAGGUCAGGCAGUGUAAACACUGACUACAAGACAAAUCUGCUACUAGAGCAGAGUGUUUCUAUCCAGGCAGGACUAAUUUAAUUCAAAUUCAGAUAAUUUUUUAUCCAUUUGCUUCUUAAUUUGACAAAAACAUGAGACAUGGCUUCAUAGUGUGUACAAAAAUGCAGUGCAAGCAGGUUUCUAAGUGCUGAUUUACAACCCCUGUCCCUGAUUUGGCUUCCAUAGAUAAAAACAGAUUUUUUUGUAUGCCAAGUAUAAGCCGUCAAAAUAGUUAUUUAAACUAUCAAUUUUUAGGUUGCACCAAGGUAACAAUUGAUUGGUGCAAUGCCACAAAUUUUGUCAGGGCUUCACCAAGCAAAAUUGUAUGAAAGGCUCCAGUAGGGAACUUAUAUGUAGGUGUUUUCAUUAAAUCUUUAUCUUUCUUUCUUUAACCGAUAAACAAAUAAAUGAAAUAACUCCAGCAACUAAAACUGACUUGAUGGUAGUCAUGUUUAACAUAAAAUCUUAUUCUUGAUGGAUUCUUGUUAAUGGCAUUGAAGAAUUUUAUAAUUAUAAGCACAUGAUUCAUGGGGAUGAACUUGCAGCUCCAUCCAGUCUUCAAACAAAGCGGUGUGUGUGCAAAACUAGACCCCACAGCGUCCUGACCGUUCCCAGAGAGCUACACUUUGGUUUCUUUGUGUGCCUGGUAAAUGCAAACAUGCUGCGUAGAAUUUACUCAUCAGUUAACUUCACCUCUCUCUGCAGUUUGGGGUCACUGCUGUUUAAAGUUUUCCUGGGAAAGGCCUGGUUACACUUCAACAACAUCCUAAUGUCUGCAUAUCCUUCCUAGAAACCAAUUGCUCAGAUGCCCAUGUUUUAUUCUAUGACAGGUUUAAUUUCCAUCAGCACACUUCUUAAAGUUCAUCCAGUAAGCUGAACUUUAAAACUGUCAAGCCCAAAUUGAACAAACACAAUGAAAAAUAAAAAACACAAGGCUUGCUAGGAGUUGGGUUUGAAGUGAUCUAAAAACAGAGGUCCAGCUCUACAUGUAUGUGCCAGGAAGCUGCAUGAAGUCUUCAUGUCCUUCAGAUUGCCCCAAUUCUGAGCUGCACUCACUGUUUAAAUGGGUCAGCCAGUGUCUGCACAAACACAUGGACUAGAUGUGAAUAAGGACAGUGAGAAGACAGCGUCUGAUCCCAGCCAUACUGAGGCUAAUAGGGUCAGUGGAUCUUCAGUACCUGACAGUGAAAUUUCUGACUGCAUGAGUUACUUAGGCUAAGGUUGACCUGUCUCAAUGAAGCUCAUUCACACAUGCAAAUAGGGUGUCCUUUUCAAAACAAUACAAUCACAUCCAGUUCUUGAUGGUCAUGAUCUGAUUCAGGGAUGAUUCAUUAAAUGUAGAGCAACAUUGUCCAAUUUGAUUAGGUUCAAAGCAAAAUAAUGUUUUAUAGUUAGAAGUGUGAGAUGAACAAGGAGAAAGCGAAGAAGCUUUUCCAUAAGAUUUGUGGGGAGAGGGAUUAUACCUCUUUGCAGCUGUUGAGUUCUGCAAAAUGUACUUUGUACGUUGACAUGAUAUAACAGUUUGACAUGUUUUUGUUAUAAUCAAGAAUGAUAAAGAAUAAAGGAUUUAUUCUCUCAGAGUGAUAGUUUGGCUUAUGGAUCACAUAGAAAAACAGAAAACAUCUCAGUGUUUACCCUAAACACUGAGAUGGGGGAGGGGUUUUCGCUGUUACCCCCAAUCUAUUGCUGCUCAAGGAGCUACGCAUUUAUGUUCACAUUAUGUUACGUUACCCGCGCUACUCGCUACAUUACCCUUCACAUUGAUGGAAGAGGGUCCGACAAGAUUUUGAUCCACUCGUUGAUAACUCAAAAAAAGUGAAAAAUAACAUUGUGUGUUAUUGUGCUCACAUAGUGCGUGUAGAAAUCAUUAGUGAUGUACUGAUAUUAACGCUACUAAUGCUAUUAAUGCUACUUACUAUAUAGACCAUGUAUUUUGAACGUUACCUUUCAUGUUGAUGGAAGAGGGUCCGGCAGGUUUUAGUGGCGAUAUUAACGAUCAUGUGAAAUUUAAGUAGCAGCGCAUGUAAUUCAGCACCGCCACUGCUGAAUGAAUUUAGGGGAAACACUGCCUCUUAUUUAAACACAAAACAAAAGACUAAAACAAUGCUGAGUGAGGCAGAGGUCAUUACCAGUCAUUUUGUAUUCUUUUACCAAAGCAAUGCAGUUUUUAUCAGUAUAUAGUUGAGCAGGGUUACAUGACAGAGGUUUGGAGGUCAGUGUGUAGCUUCUUAGACCUUUCCUUGGAUUCCAUUUGUGCACACAAUUAAAUCUUAAAUGAGAGACCUGGGUUGAGGCAUGAAUGUUUAUUUAGAUGGUCAGUGGUGGAGUGAAUUUGAAAGGUAAUAAAAACUCUGUCUCUGUUCCUAGAAGUGACCAAUUGAGAAGAGCCAGAGUUUUGAGACAACCUCCGGUUGGGUCAGUUGGGUAACCUUAGACCGGCUAUUUUCGCAAACGGACAUUUCACCCUCUCCGUUUACCAAAAAAAAAAAAAAAAACUGUGUGCACACCACUACGUUUUUAGAAAAGUUUUCAUUUACACUAACCCAUGUAUAUAUGCCGUCAAGAGCAUACCAACCUAUAGGCGGCAGUGUAGCGAGAAGCUCAAGUCCACGUUUACCAAUCAGAAUCCUGCAUAGCAACAACAACAACGUCACUUUCUCCCUUUGGAAAAGACGCAAAUGCAAUUGCAAACAAAUAUAAAGGGAUUGCACCAGCAUAAACGUGACUGCUAUUCUGCGUACAUCCAUGAUCACCAUGGACUGUAAACAUAGACUCUAGAUUGUAAACAAUUUCACAUUUAACCCAGUUUCCGGCACACAAUCUGCUGUCGGCUACCCAAAUCUCUGUUUACCUCAGUUUUUGUCCGUUUACAUGCAAAUGUGUAAACAGAGUUUUAUAAAAUCUCCGCUCUGGCCGUAGUUUGUAAAAAGCAUCAUUUUCAGGGGCUAUGGUUAAUCUCUUAGAUUUUAAAAAUAACCAAGCACAUAUAAACAGGAUCUUAAAGUCCAUACAAGUGUGGAAAAGUGAUGUGUCCUGGGACCAAGUAAGGAACCUUUCCUGAAAGGAAUGCAUCAGUUUCACACACAGGGUUGUCUUGAUGCUACAGCACAUAGCAGGAUCUAUUUAUUGAACCUGGCUCCUAAUCAUGCUGACUACUUGUAUUCAUGUGUUUUUUUUUUUUUUGUUUUGUUUUUUUCAGUUCAGGAAGUGCCUAAUCCAGCUCUUCACUGGUAUGGGUCACAUCCCGGACAGCAACAUGAACCAGACCUCAGAGAGACCUGGAAUCACAGCUGAAAGUCAAACAGGAGAAAUGUCUGCCAUAGCUGCACGUAUCCCCGUGGGUGGCACUGCGUCAGCCAGGUCGGACGAUUCUCCAACCGACUGUGGCUCGUUUGCCCAGCUGCCCAUCCCAGAGAACAAAGUGUGUCCCAUGUAACAAUGAACCUUGUCCUGACAGGUUUCUUUGAGAUAAAACUUUCUGUCAUGCAGAGACAGGGUUUCUAAAACAAUGAUCUUGCAGGAAGCAGAACAAGGAG